AUGACGUAUUUUGAUAGCUUGAUUGAUGUUUCGCCACAUAUAAAUCCAACGCCUUUAAAUCAUGGGUAUAGCGAAGAGGUGGAUGAGCAGGGUGAGGUAACCAGAGAAUGUGCUUGCGAUAGAUUGGUGGUAUUUGUGAAUGGGGCGGGGAAGGCGCACAACAGGAACCUGGCGCAAUCUAACAAAUUUUUGGAUUUCAUUCAGGAACGACAAAUACAGUUUCUAACAAUCCGGUUGAUAGCUGAGGGUAAGCUUCCAUGCGACGUGUAUUUUCACGAGGGAUGGAGAGUGCUAGCGAAGAAGUAUGAGCUUUUCGAUAUGCUUUCGUUACAAGAUCUGAACCGUGAUAUUGGCGAUGCGUACUACUAUUGUGAUGCGAACCUGGUGAUGAAUACAGAACGAGCUAACUACGUUAACAUACUCGUAGAUAUGUGGAGAGAUGGAAAGGGGGGAGCCAGUUACGUUUGUAUAUUUGCGAAUUUUGUUCCGCGGUUGCUGGUUGGUGCUGUGGAAGGGGAAACCUACGAAACUUGGCUUAAUGAUUCGUUAAAGGCCGAGAAUAGACAAUUGUUGGGGUUUAUCCCAUUGUUAGACCCUAAAAGUAUGCCGGAGAAGGUUAAAAUCUUCCACGAGGUGAUGGAAAAAUAUCGGUUGAAAGAAAGUGUGUUAAGUUUUGUGAUUAACGACAUCGAUAUUUCUUUGACUGCAGAUGAUUUAGAGCCCUAUUACUGCCCUGAACUGUCACCAACUCCUUGUAUCAAUGCGUCUGAUCGCGUUCUGGACGUCAUUUCGUUCAUCAUGUUUCGACAUGCGAUUAGUGAGCCUUUGUUAGGAGACAUUUUCUCUUCGUUCGUGUCUUGGCCUGGAGUAAUACUUUGCCUAUCCGACAAAAACUGCUCGUACUACGACCAUGACUUUCAAGAGGGAUGCGAUACUUUCUAUUUCUCUGAAUGGCAGUAUUAUACUUUUGAGAAUCUGAAGUAUUUUCUUGACCUUGAUAAAGGAUACGAAGCUUGGCUCGAUUGGGAAUUCGACAAGCGUUAUAUUUUCGAUACAGAACGUAUGAAGCUGCCUGAAAACUUAAAUGAGGAUCAGCUCUGUAUUUUCAACUACUUUGUGUCGCUCAUGUUACCAUUAAGGACUCUUUAUGACAGACUUCAGGAAAACAAUGACAAUGAGUUGCUUCUCUGUUAUAUAAUGUACGACUCGAUCUUUCGUUAUUACUCCGCCAUAAAAAGCUUCUGGCGUAAUAAAACUAUCCGCACCGUUGAUCGAGUAGACUAUUCAUUUUUAAAUCCACCAGCCGGCCUGGGAAUGAAAACUGUACAAGCGCUGCUACGGUGUGUGUUGUCUACUGAGAGGAUAUUCAUUGAUUACUACGAGCAAUUCAUCAGCAAUCCUCUACCAAGUGUUUCCAUAGUAUUAAAUCCUACUAUGAAAACAAGGUUCAUUCAGUCAGUAUUUCCGGAAGAAUCUACUCGCCAUAAAGCUAACGCUCUGAAGUAUCUCUUUCAUUAUUUAACCAAUAAGACGAUUAGGAAGGACUUUAGUAGCUCCAAUCCCCACAGUGAGCUUCUAGUUUAUCUGGCAAGACCACCGGCGCCCGACGUUGGGAAAUACACUAGUGUAUCAUUAAUAAAGUACUGGUUUGAUAGGAAAGAAUUGUGGUCAGAAUUAUCUGUAUUAGCUGUAUCGUUGUUCUAUUCCAACUGGACGACAAAACCUGCCUUAUUGGAAAUUGAACGAAGAGUUCAUGCUUUACAGAGGGCCAAUGGCAUGGAUCUAGAUUAUCCACAACUUGAAAGACUCGUUAAAAUCAACCAUAAUAUGACAAAGUUCGGGAUGUCGUAUGGUCCUGCAUAA